AUGUCCAGUGGACGUGAGCCAGAUUCACGGGACGAGUCCCCAGAUGUCCUCUCUGAUGUCAUGGUUCCCACAGAGACACGUCAGCUGAACCUGUGCUGUGUGACUCCGGCUGUUUGGCUGUGUUUUGGGGGUGAUAUUGAAGCCUCUGUGCUCAACCUGAAGCGUUUCGUUGGCUGUGCCGUGCGAGAAUUCACAUUUCUGGCCCGUAAACCAGGCUGCGGCGGGAUGCACAUCACCACUGAUGCCUGCUGGGGGCGCUGCGAGACCUGGGAAAAGCCCAUUCUAGACCCGCCCUUCAUCGAGUCAUAUCAGCGUGUGUGCACCUAUAAUGAGACCCGAUUAGUGACGGUACAGCUGCCGAACUGCUCGGUCCAGGUGGACCCGUCCUACACCUAUCCAGUGGCCAUCCGGUGUGACUGCGGGGUCUGUCUCACCAGCACCACUGAAUGCAUCACUUCUGUCUAA